AUGCGGUCGCCUUUUUCGUUCUCUUUGUUCAUAAGCAUAGCCGCAGCAGCACGAUUAUGUGAGAGAGGUUAUAUGACCGCUCAGCGAUAUCAUCGACGUAAAUUGGAGAAAACAGUUGAGCUUCAUCCAAGCAAGACCACAUUAUGUUUCGUUGCUUGGAAUGUUCGCCUGAAAUUGGUUGCUGACAACUGUACCCCACCAAAGAAUUUUAUUUUGACAGAAGCAUUCGCAUCAAGUGUCACCACAGGAAAUGCACCAGAGAGUUUGGGAUGUUGGGUCAGCAAACACACCAUGUUUUGUUUAUGCCCUGAGACUAAUUGCAACAAUUUUCUCAACUGGAGGCAUUUUUUAACGACUGAACUUGACAAUGGUAGUCUACGAAGUUUAAAUGACGCACAAUCCAUUCACAGGGAGAUUUUUGGCAAAACAGAGAUGGUGUCCUUGAACACAAUUGAGGAGAAGAAUGACAUCGUUGCUUGCUUGCUGAAGAGGUAUCUCAACACUUACGCGAUGCCUCCAAAACUGCGAAGGCUGAGACAUGUGAGAGAAGCUGCUAAAAAUGAUAUCAAUUGGAUCCUUGUGUUAGCACUAUUUGCUGGCUUGAUUGCUGUCAAGUUAUUGAUGGGUUGCUAUUACUACUACUUGUGGAACAGUUAUCGCUCAGGCGUUUACUCAACGUUAUUCCAAAAUACCGAGUCCAAUAUUCGGUAGCUUCGAUCAACUAAUUUACCGGUUAAUGAAUAUGUACCUUGUUCUUCCUUUUAGCGAAAUUGUAUUUGUGCUUAUUCUUUGAGCAAAGAAGUACUUGUGCUUAUGCUAUUUUUAUAAAUGAUGAGAUCAGGUUACAAAACUUGUGCCUAUGAAAUCCAUUUCACAUAUCUUGAUUAAUAUGUCAACAUCCAUCUCGCACACUAAUAUCUAUUCUUGUGCCAAAAAAUCG